AUGCAGUCCGUCAAAGCACCCGAAUUCCUGGAGACUGGCGCCGUGUCCUCCCGUUCGCGCAGCGCCAGUGUGGUUUCCAGCGAUUCACAAUUCUCUCGCGUCAACCUCAUGUCCCCACCGUCCGUGACGCCGGCCCCAGCGUUCAUUUCGCCCUCUGCAGCUUCAGACAUCAUCUCCGCCGAUCAGGAGUUCAAUGCCGCCGAUUUUGUCGCGGAAGACGAGGAGACCGGUGCCGGCGCUGCCGCGCUGGUGACCCCGGCCGCGCUCUCGCUCUUGAAUGGAUUCCUCGAUAAUCUUCUAUUUAAUAUCCUCGCUUCGUCAAAGUCAACCCAGCUUGCGCACAUCCGACCCGCCAUGGCCGAGGUGUUGAAACCUCGGCUAGCCCAGGAAGUCGUGGAUGCGGCUGAAGAAGAGUUGAACGAAUACAUGGGCGGGGCGGAUGAUGAGCAGACCGAGUUUCGCGGCGGCCAGCAGCCUGGCGGGGAGUUUGAUCUGGUUCGCUCCUGGAAAUUGACCCGCUUACGAUGCAUGGUUUACACACGACUGGGCGACAUGGAGGAAGACGACGAAGAUGAGUUCAUCGCGCAAGACAACCUGGGUGAGACCGAUGGCGCACCCCGCAGAUUUACCAGCCAUGUCGAUAAUAUUACACCGGCAGCCUCGAUUUUCCUUACCUCAAUCAUCGAAUACAUUGGUGAGCGCGCACUCGUCAUUGCCGGCGAGACAGCACGGUCGCGUUUAUCAGCACAGCUCAACGAUGGCAGUGAUGGGGUAAACGGGGACGAACGGAGAAGAAUAGAUCGACUGGUGGUGGAGGAUCUCGAUAUGGAGAAAUUGGCCCUGAAUGCGACGCUGGGUCGCUUGUGGCGAACGUGGAGGCAGCGCAGACGCGGAACCACUCUUUCCCGGACGCUAUCUCGCGAAUCAUUCCGUCGUCGUGCAUAUUCCCUGGGAAACAGCCGCAAGAGCAGCAUUGUGACUAUUGAGGAGCCAUUGACUCCCAAUGAGCCGGUUCCCGAGCUUCCUGUAGGAAUCUCAGUCGAUCCAGCUACUGUUCCUUUGCCAAUAGGCAAUUUCGACGUUGAAGAAAUCGAGGUCCCUGGAUAUACUGGCGAUCUAGAUGGCGAGGUGCAAACUAUGCAGGCUGUGGUUGCUCACAAAGUGCGACCGCGCAGUCUGAUGGUAUUCUCGUCGCCAUCGUUUGUGCCAAAGUCUCCUAGGUCAGCAAAUAGCUCACCCGUGAGCACCUCAGCUAUCGAACCCAGCAAACCAGUUCGUCAUGUUCGUACAAGGUCUCUACCCAGCAGUGAAGCGCCCCCGCCCAUUGCCAUUGCUAUUGCCCCCGACGUAGAACGCGAGUUGCCCGCAGAUCACCCAUCACCUACUCCAUCCGAGAAAAAGCAACUUGAGACUAUGUAUGAGGAUGACGAGUCAGCCGAAUACGUGGAUGCGACCGAAACUCCGACCCCUGGGAUCGCCAUCACGGCAGAACACGAAGAGUCACAAUCCUCCGAACCUGCAACAGAAGAUUCCAAAAAUGCAAGAAUGUCGUUCGUGCAUGAAGAAGAGGAGACGCCGGCAGUCAACGAGAUGGUUACAUCCCUACGCACUAUUGCGGAGGAUGAAGACGCUAUUUCGGAUCAAUCCACUAGUGCUCGUAUCCCCAUCGUAUCCUUGGGGGAUCGACCGAAUCAGAAAGAUCCGGAGGUAAUUGGAGGCAAUGGCCUGUGCGAAAAGCCGAAUAUGACUUCGACGAUACGACAGCCCUGCAGGGAUGCCAGUCUCCUCAAUGCAAGGUCGAUCUCUGCUCAGACGAGCGACUAUCAAAUGCAAGCCGUUGCAAUGCAAGGGGUGGACUCCACACCGGCUCCAUCCGCAAGUCCCAUCGAAGCUAUCACUUCUUCAGCCGAUGACGAUCUCAAAAAGCCAACCAUGAUCAUCACAUCUUCAAAUCGAUCCCUGGAGGACGAAAUGGCAACCACAAAAUAUCGCCACUCUUUGGCUCCUGACACCUCUCGCCUGAGUUCUGGUUUGGGCAAUUCACAACAAUCAAAAGCUCGCCCAAGACCUAUUCCAUUGGAGGUCAUAACAAAUAACCGACUUUCCUCCGCCUCUGCUAUUGAACGCGCCGCCGUUCAGCGCAUGUCUCGAUCAUCGACAUCGGUGAAUUCAUCGCUCAACCUCAAAUCCCGUCGAUCUGGGAGUUUUGGAAGUGCUCGCGAGAACAAGCGUCCAGUGACUGCUAGCUCCACGACCUCACAGAUGUCAAAUAAGUUGAAGGGUCUCAUGAUUCGACCACAGGGCGAUUCUAAUUCGCUUCGUAUGCGCAGCUCGUCUGAGACAAGUCGUGCAUCGGGCGGUAGUGGUGACUCUGUGGACAACGAGUUCGCCGAUUUGGACAAGUUGAUCAACAGUGAUGAGACUAUCCAUUACACUCUGACUCCCCGAAGUGUGAGGGAGAUGACAUUCCCUGACCAGCCCAGCCAACAAGUUCCUCGAUCAGACACGGUCGGUACUUAUGACAUGGCGAAUUCCUCAAGGGCCAUUGCCUCUUCAAGCCAAGAGAAGCAUCGUGCUCAUACCUCAGUCUCCUCAAAGGCAACGGGAGAAAUGAGUCCAAUUUCACACACCAGAUCCAUCGAAUCACCCAAGCACAUUCCGCUUACAACGCGCCGGACCAAUAUGUCAUCAACGUCGAGGUCUAGCAAAAUUUCACAGGCGCGUGAUGCGCGAAUCGCUCCUUCAGAUUCGACACGCGACUUUGCGGAAUUCAUGAGAUCGACUGGUCCCGCCGGGGUGCCAUACGAGCCUAAGAACUCUGUGUCUACCGAGAGCAGGAAGCCUCCUCGGCCUCAAUCAACUGUGUCCACAGCCUCCCGAGGAAACAGACCUAAGCUCGUACCUCGAUCUGCUGAGACGGGAGGAUUCGAAACCUCGGACCUUAUUGACUUCAUUCGCGAGGGACCUCCCAUGCCAGGAGGCGCUCACCGGAUUCCGCGGACAGUCGCACCCUUCUGCAAUCCCCACGAUUCGGAAUAUCUCGAUAUUGACCAUACAACGUCCACCUCCAUCGUCAGCACUGGUUAUGGGUCUACAGCCAACAAAUCUUUCUCAUCUGUUGGCUCACGGACUGCGUUGCUGGAUUCCACCAGCCAAAACAAGGCCACGGUGUCGGAAAGCACCACGUCCUUUGACGAUCCUCAGCCUGUGCGGAAACAGCGUCGUGUACCGGAUCCCUACGCUAUCGAUGAUGAUGCCGAUGACGCGCUUCUGGAAGAGCUUCUAGAAAUGGAAGAAAACCCCAAGCCCAGACGCGAUGAGGAAAGCCUCGUUGAUUUUCUCCGCGACGCCCCUCCUCCCUCCUCUGAUCAGCCUCCCCAGCCAUUUGCACUCAGCACUCCGGCAUCAAAUAGUCACUCCGGUACAGCGGGCAUGAAGUCCCGUCUGCUCCGCACCUCUCAGAGCUCCUUGCGUACACAAAACACUCUCACCAAGGCUCAGUCUAACUACUCUGUCAAGGUCGGCACGGAACGCAACAACGGCAUUAUGCCUAGCGUUACAAACCGCAAACCUGACACUGGCGACCUGGCGGAUUUCCUUCGAAACACCGGGCCCCCUCCAGCCCCUGCGCGAGCUACGUCUACACCGACGGGCUCGAAGAACAAGGACGGGGGUAUUUCUCGUUUCUUCACGCGCCGAAAGAAGGCCACGGCCUAA